UUCGCCAGGUCCAAGGCCAUCCACGUCAACCUGACCUACGACGAGCACGUGCACGCCCGAGCCCAGGAGCCCCUCAGCAGCAUGCGGAGAAGGGCCCUGCUCAGGAAAGCCAGCUCCUUGCCCCCGACCACGGCCCACAUCCUCAGCGCCCUGCUUGAGUCCCGGGUCAGCCUGCCCCAGUACCCGCCCACUGCCCUGGACUACAAGCGCUACCUCAAGGAACACAAUGAGCGGCAGUUCUUCCUGGAGCUGGUCAAGGACAUCUCCAACGACCUGGACCUUACCAGCCUCAGCUACAAGAUCCUCAUCUUCGUCUGCCUCAUGGUGGAGGCCGACCGGAGCUCUCUCUUCCUGGUGGAGGGAGCCGCGGCGGGCAAGAAGAGCCUGGUGUCCAAGUUCUUCGACGUGCAUGCGGGCACCCCACUCCUGCCCUGCUGCAGCACCGAGAACUCCAACGAGGUGCAGGUGCCCUGGGGCAAGGGCAUUAUUGGCUACGUGGCAGAGCAUGGGGAGACAGUCAACAUCCCAGAUGCUUACCAGGAUCGUCGCUUUAAUGAUGAGAUUGACAAACUGACUGGAUACAAGACAAAGUCAUUGUUGUGCAUGCCCAUAAGAAACAACGAUGGAGAGAUUAUUGGUGUUGCCCAAGCAAUAAAUAAAACUCCUGGAGGUGCUCCUUUUACUGACGACGAUGAAAAAGUGAUGCAGAUGUACCUCCCAUUUUGUGGAAUUGCCAUAUCUAAUGCCCAGUUAUUUGCUGCUUCAAGGAAGGAAUAUGACAGAAGCAGAGCUUUGUUGGAGGUAGUUAAUGACCUCUUUGAGGAACAGACAGACUUAGAGAAAAUUGUUAAGAAAAUCAUGCAUCGAGCCCAGACUCUGUUGAAGUGUGAACGAUGCUCAGUUUUACUCCUGGAAGACAUUGAAUCACCAGUGGUGAAGUUUACAAAAUCCUUUGAGUUGCUGUCUCCAAAAUGCAGUGCUGAUGCUGAGAACAGUUUCAAAGACAGUAUGGAGAAAUCAUCAUCUUAUUCUGACUGGCUAAUAAAUAAUAGCAUUGCUGAGCUAGUAGCUUCCACGGGUCUUCCAGUGAACAUCAGUGAUGCAUAUCAGGAUCCUCGCUUUGACGCUGAAGCUGACCAGUUUUCUGGCUUUCACAUAAGAUCUGUUCUUUGUGUUCCUAUAUGGAAUAGCAACCACCAAAUAAUUGGGGUAGCUCAAGUGUUGAACAGGCUUGAUGGGAAACCUUUUGAUGAUGCUGAUCAACGAUUAUUUGAGGCUUUUGUUAUUUUUUGUGGCCUGGGCAUCAACAACACAAUAAUGUAUGACCAAGUGAAGAAAUCUUGGGCAAAGCAAUCUGUUGCUCUUGACGUGCUGUCCUACCAUGCAACAUGUUCAAAGACAGAAGUUGACAAAUUUAAGGGAGCGAACAUACCACUGGUGUCAGAGCUUGGCAUUGACAAUAUCCAUUUUGAUGACUUUUCACUCGACGUGGAUGCCAUGAUUACUGCAGCUCUCCGGAUGUUCAUGGAGCUUGGAAUGGUUCAGAAAUUUAAAAUUGACUAUGAGACAUUGUGUAGGUGGCUUUUGACAGUUAGGAAGAAUUAUCGAAUGGUUCUGUAUCACAACUGGAGGCAUGCUUUCAAUGUGUGCCAACUAAUGUUUGCAAUGUUAACUACGGCAGGAUUUCAGGAGAUUCUGACUGAAAUUGAAAUUUUAGCUUUGAUUGUGGGAUGUUUAUGUCAUGACCUUGACCACAGGGGAACCAAUAAUGCCUUCCAAGCCAAGAGUGGAUCAGCUUUGGCUCAACUUUAUGGAACUUCUGCAACUUUGGAGCACCAUCAUUUUAAUCAUGCUGUCAUGAUUCUUCAAAGUGAGGGUCACAACAUCUUUGCUAACUUGUCCUCCAAGGAGUACAGUGACCUUAUGCAGCUUCUGAAGCAGUCAAUAUUGGCAACAGAUCUCACUCUGUAUUUUGAAUCAAUGCUAAUGACAGCCUGUGACCUCGGAGCUGUGACCAAACCAUGGGAGAUUUCAAGACAGGCAGCUGAAUUGGUAACCAGUGAGUUCUUUGAACAAGGAGACAGAGAGAGAUCUGAACUCAAACUCACUCCUUCAGCUAUUUUUGAUCGGAACAGGAAAGAUGAACUACCCAGGUUGCAGUUGGAAUGGAUUGAUAGCAUCUGCAUGCCUCUGUAUCAGUCUCUGGUGAAGGUGAAUGUGAAACUGAAGCCCAUGUUGGACUCUGUGGCAGUAAACAGGGGUAAAUGGGAGGAGCUGCACCAGAAAACACUUCUCUCCCAAACAGUACCCUCCUCCUCGUCUUCCAGCUUUACUUUGUCUCUUGAAGACAUACAUUAAGCCUGCGAACGUCAGCUGCUGUUAUAACAACAGAUGUCUGAAAGGCAGAGUUGUAAGCUUAGUCACAUCAUUUUUUAAAAAAAUGCUUCCACAGACAUGAUUAAUUGCUUGGAUAUAAUUUUGCUGGCCAUGGCUUUUACGUAGGAGUUCAGUUGGUCAGAAAAGAAGGCCUGUAAUAAGAUGAUGCUGAUAUCUGGAGUCACAUGGAGCUUCUUGUGCUGUAUCUUCCACCACAUUUCAACUGCUGCUGUAAUAAAAACCAAAACACACACACAUACACACACCAGGCUACAGACUGAAAUACAAGAACUUACAGCUUAAUAAAACUAAUAAUACAGAGCAGACUUGGAAUGCACAUUUAUGAAUGCAUAUGCAAGGAGCUGCAGGAAAACAGAAUAGUGUGUAAUUACUUUGUUGUUUUGCAUAUUUUCAGUAUUUGUUACGAACCAAUUAUGCCUGCUUUUGUAAUGUUUCUCUCAUUCUUCCUUCCUCUUUUAUGCUUGAGUGUUCUGAAAAGCCUGCUUUGUAUUCUACAGAGGUAUUUUUUUUACAACAAAGCUUCUUAGUGAUUGAUCAGGGCCUUUAGAAUUGCCUGUCUUCGCUACAUUUGAAAACAAACUUCAUUAUCUUUAAAAAUACCAACCUGUCCCAGCUCCCCUAAGAUAUUCAUAUUAACAAUGCAGUGAAUUACUUUGCAGGUGGAAAUUUGUAUAAAGGCAAAAAUUAUUGCAUGGCAAUUUGAAUCCAUUUUUUUAGAAAUACUAUUUUAAAAGCAUUCAUUUUUUAAGCUGCACUGUCCACCCCCCACCCCACCCCCCAAGGAAAGGGCUAAUGGCCUUUAAUGAAAUUAGGAUAAAAAGGAAAUGUAUUGCCUUGUACUAGAGAAUCUGCAUUGAAGAAUUUACUAUGGAUGUGUCUUUCUGAUAUAAUUUCCAACAGAGAUGACUAUUUUGACUGUUACACAUAAGAAAUGGUGGGGGGGAAUAGAAUACUAUCACACUGGAUAUUGACUACCUCUUAUUUCUCUGACCAUCUCUUUUACCCUAUUACAGCUAGCAGAAAGCAAAUCCACGGUCACAUAUCUGAUAAAUAGUUGUACAUAACAUUUUAAUCAAUUGUGAUAGAUCAAGAAUUCAAACAUGUCUAGUUCUCAGUGACCACACUAGCACAAGAAAGUUGGUCUCUUCCAGUUAGUGCAGAGAUCCUUGGCAAAACAGCUCUGUAAUCUGAGACUGCUUGCUCUAGUCCAAGCACUUGAAUACAAGAGGACGCAUGAUAGAAUGCUUCCCACCUUUAGGGCUUCUUAAGCAUGAAACCGCCCCAUUCAAGAAAAAAAGAGUUACUGUGGUCAUCAGUUAUUGGAGCCCAUGACAAUGUCAUUUUGAAACUAGGAAUGGCUACCACUAGGUAAAAACAGCAUAAGAAAUUAAAGCCAGAUUACCCUGGUGUCAAACCAGAAUAACUCCCCCAACUUCAGUGGAGACACUCUGGAUUUUCAUUGGUAUAACUGAAAUCAG